AUGCCUCAGAGGGGCCACCCAUCCCAAGAGGGGCUCUGGGCCCCAGCUCACCUCCUCAUGGCGCGUGAGCCAGAGCCCGAGGCCGACGGGCUGCUGGACCUCAGCUUCCUGACCGAGGAGGAGCAGGAGGCCAUUGCCGACGUCCUGAAGCGCGAUGCCCACCUGCGGCAGCUGGAGGCGGGGCGCGUCAGCAAGCUCCGGGCUUCCCUGGCAGACCCUGGGCAGCUGAAAGUCCUGACGGGGGAUUGGUUCCAGGAAGCACGCGCCCAGCGGCACCACCAUGCCCACCUCGGCUCUGACCUUGUCCGAGCCUCCAUCCGCAGGAAGAGGAGUUCCAAGGAACAAGCUCCGGGCGGCCACAGGGAGGCCGAGGCCGCUGGGACAGAGACUGAAGAGACUGAAGAGGAGCCGGAGCCCAGCGUCCUCCUAGACGAGGCCCCCCAGGAGAGGCUCAGUGAGGCGGAGGGACCUGAUGUCCCCUCACCAUAUGUCCCCCCAAAAGCAUCAGAUCCUGAGGAGGAGCCCCAGGAACAGGCAGCCCCCCGCCCCGGGGGCGCACAGGUCUCCGAGGAGGUGGAGGAGGAGGAGGAGGCGGGCCCGGAGCCCGAGCCGCCGGCCCGGGAGGAGGAGGGACCGCCCCGCCCGGCACAGGCGGCGUCCGAGGUGGUGGAGAACGGGGAGGAGGCGCCCGGGGAGGAGGCCCCCGCGCCCGGGCCCUCGCUGGACCGUGCGCUCAGCAGCAGCUCCUCCGUGUCCAGCCUCAGCUCCUCCACGCUGGGCGGCAGCCAGCAGAGCCUGGCCGGCGAGGACGCGGUGCAGGUGCGGGGCGCCCUGCACUUCGCGCUCAGCUACGAGCCGGACGCCGCCGAGCUGCGCGUGCAGGUGCUGCGCUGCCAGGGCCUGGCCGCCGCGCGGCGCCGCCGCUCCGACCCCUACGUCAAGAGCUACCUGCUCCCGGACAAGCAGAGCAAGCGCAAGACGGCCGUGAGGAAGCGCAACCUGAACCCCGUCUUCAACGAGACGCUCCGGUACGCGGUCCCGCAGGCCGAGCUGGCGGGCCGCGUGCUCAGCCUGUCCGUGUGGCACCGCGAGAGCCUGGGCCGCAACGUCUUCCUGGGCGAAGUGGACGUGGCCCUGGACACGUGGGACUGGGACUCCGAGGCCGUGUGGCUCCCGCUGCAGCCGCGGGCCUCGCCCUCUCCUGAUGACCUUCCCAGCCGCGGGCGGCUCUCUCUGUCCCUCAAAUACGUCCCCGCGGGCUCCGAGGGCGCGGGGCUGCCCCUGAGCGGGGAGCUGCAUUUCUGGGUGAAGGAAGCUCAGGACCUGGUACCUCUGCGUGCGGGAUCCCUGGAUUCUUACAUACAAUGCUCGGUGCUGCCCGAUGACAGCCGGGCCAGCCGCCAGCGGACGCGCGUGGUGCGACGGAGCCUCAGCCCGGUGUUCAACCACACCAUGGUGUACGAUGGCUUCGGGCCGGCCGACCUGCGCCAGGCCUGCGCCGAGCUCUCCCUCUGGGACCACGGGGCCCUGGCCAGCCGCCAGCUGGGGGCCACACGCCUCAGCCUGGGCACCGGCAGCAGCUACGGGCUCCAGGUGCCCUGGAUGGAUUCCACGCCCGAGGAGAAGCAGCUGUGGCAGACACUCCUGGAGCGGCCGUGCGAGUGGGUGGAUGGCCUCCUGCCCCUCCGAACCAACCUGGUGCCCAGGACGUAG